AGGAUCUUUUUUUGUGUGUGUGUUUUGUUUGUUUGUUUCUCAAAAUAUAUUUUAUUGGUGGUGCACUUUCUAGAACGGUUGGCUUAAUUCGGAGUAGAGGAUCCUUAAUUGGAAGUUUUGUGGGAUGUAAAUCAAGGAAAAAGAAGAAUGCAUCCUUCAGAAACCACCACCAAAAUGGCUUCAGUUCGGUUCAUGGUGACACCAACAAAGAUCGAUGACAUUCCAGGUUUGUCAGACACCAGCCCAGACCUCAGCUCUCGAUCUAGUUCACGAGUAAGAUUUAGCUCCAGAGAAAGUGUACCUGAAACCAGCCGUAGUGAGCCCAUGAGUGAAAUGUCUGGGGCCACCACUUCACUGGCAACUGUUGCCUUGGAUCCUGCCAGUGACCGGACUUCUAACCCCCAGGAUGUGGCUGAGGACCCGAAUCAGAACUCCAUCACAGGGGAACACAGCCAGCUGUUAGAUGAUGGCCAUAAGAAAGCUCGAAAUGCUUAUCUCAGCAAUUCCAAUUAUGAAGAAGGAGAUGAGUAUUUUGAUAAAAACCUGGCACUUUUUGAGGAAGAAAUGGACACUAGACCAAAGGUGUCUUCUCUACUUAACCGCAUGGCCAAUUACACUAACCUGACACAAGGAGCAAAAGAACAUGAGGAGGCAGAAAAUAUCACUGAAGGAAAAAAGAAGCCCACUAAGAGCCCCCAAAUGGGUACCUUUAUGGGUGUCUACCUACCAUGUCUACAGAAUAUUUUUGGAGUGAUCCUCUUUCUACGCCUUACAUGGGUGGUGGGCACAGCCGGAGUUCUUCAGGCUUUUGCAAUUGUCCUUAUCUGCUGCUGCUGUACAAUGUUGACUGCUAUCUCCAUGAGUGCCAUUGCCACUAAUGGAGUGGUGCCAGCUGGGGGCUCAUACUUCAUGAUUUCUCGGGCCCUGGGCCCAGAGUUUGGCGGGGCUGUUGGCCUCUGCUUUUAUCUUGGUACCACAUUUGCAGCAGCCAUGUAUAUUCUUGGUGCCAUUGAAAUUUUUCUGGUGUAUAUUGUCCCCCGAGCUGCCAUCUUUCGCAGUGAUGAUGCACUCAAGGAAUCAGCAGCCAUGCUAAAUAACAUGCGUGUUUAUGGCACAGCCUUCUUGGUCCUCAUGGUCUUGGUGGUAUUCAUUGGCGUACGCUAUGUGAAUAAAUUUGCCUCACUUUUCCUGGCCUGUGUUAUUGUGUCCAUCUUGGCCAUCUACGCUGGUGCCAUCAAGUCUUCUUUUGCCCCACCACACUUCCCGGUCUGCAUGCUAGGUAACCGUACCCUUUCAUCAAGACACAUUGACAUUUGCUCUAAGACCAAGGAAAUUAACAACAUGACAGUACCAUCAAAGUUAUGGGGCUUCUUCUGUAACUCAAGUCAGUUUUCUAAUGCCACCUGUGAUGAAUACUUUGUUCAAAAUAAUGUCACUUCUAUCCAAGGCAUCCCUGGAUUGGCUAGUGGUAUCAUAACAGAAAACCUUUGGAGUAAUUAUUUACCAAAGGGAGAGAUUAUUGAAAAGCCCUCAGCCAAAUCAUCUGAUGUCUUGGGCAGCUUAAACCAUGAAUAUGUGCUUGUUGACAUCACCACCUCUUUCACUCUCCUGGUGGGCAUCUUCUUUCCAUCUGUCACAGGUAUCAUGGCUGGAUCAAACCGAUCUGGAGAUCUGAAAGAUGCUCAGAAGUCGAUUCCGAUUGGAACCAUCCUUGCUAUCUUGACGACAUCCUUUGUCUAUUUAAGCAGUGUUGUCCUUUUUGGUGCAUGUAUUGAAGGAGUUGUUCUCAGAGACAAAUUUGGGGAUGCUGUGAAAGGUAACUUGGUGGUGGGCACCUUAUCUUGGCCAUCUCCAUGGGUAAUUGUUAUUGGCUCCUUCUUUUCAACAUGUGGGGCUGGACUUCAGAGCCUUACAGGUGCACCAAGACUGCUCCAGGCUAUUGCCAAGGAUAACAUCAUACCAUUCCUGAGGGUUUUUGGUCACAGCAAAGCUAAUGGAGAACCUACCUGGGCUUUACUUCUCACUGCUGCUAUUGCAGAGCUGGGAAUCCUUAUUGCUUCCCUGGAUCUUGUGGCCCCAAUUCUUUCCAUGUUUUUUCUCAUGUGUUACCUGUUUGUGAACUUAGCAUGUGCCUUGCAAACAUUACUUCGAACACCCAACUGGAGGCCCCGGUUCCGCUACUACCACUGGGCCCUCUCUUUCAUGGGAAUGAGUACCUGUCUGGCUCUGAUGUUCAUUUCUUCCUGGUAUUAUGCCAUUGUAGCUAUGGUAAUAGCUGGUAUGAUCUACAAGUACAUUGAAUACCAAGGAGCUGAGAAAGAAUGGGGUGAUGGUAUUCGUGGGCUGUCCCUCAGUGCAGCCCGGUUUGCCUUGCUUCGUCUGGAGGAAGGACCUCCACACACUAAAAACUGGAGGCCUCAGCUACUUGUAUUGCUGAAACUGGACGAAGACUUACAUGUCAAGCAUCCUCGCCUCCUUACCUUUGCCUCACAGCUUAAAGCAGGAAAGGGUCUCACUAUUGUGGGCUCAGUCAUUGUGGGCAACUUCCUGGAGAACUAUGGUGAAGCUUUAGCUGCUGAGCAGACCAUUAAGCAUCUAAUGGAGGCAGAGAAGGUAAAAGGAUUCUGUCAGCUGGUGGUGGCUGCCAAGCUGAAGGAGGGCAUUUCCCACCUCAUCCAGUCCUGUGGCCUCGGGGGCAUGAAGCACAACACAGUGGUGAUGGGGUGGCCUAAUGGCUGGCGGCAAAGUGAAGAUGCUCGUGCUUGGAAAACUUUUAUUGGCACAGUGCGAGUGACAACUGCUGCUCAUCUGGCCCUGCUGGUGGCUAAGAAUGUCUCCUUCUUUCCUAGCAAUGUAGAGCAAUUUUCUGAGGGCAACAUUGAUGUGUGGUGGAUUGUGCAUGAUGGUGGGAUGCUCAUGCUGUUACCAUUCCUACUGAAACAGCACAAGGUGUGGCGAAAAUGCAGCAUCCGGAUCUUCACAGUAGCCCAACUAGAAGACAACAGUAUCCAGAUGAAGAAGGACCUAGCCACCUUCCUGUACCACUUGCGCAUUGAGGCCGAAGUAGAAGUAGUGGAGAUGCAUGACAGUGACAUAUCAGCUUAUACUUAUGAACGCACACUGAUGAUGGAGCAGAGGUCCCAGAUGCUACGACACAUGCGACUGUCCAAAACAGAACGAGACAGAGAGGCGCAGCUGGUGAAAGACAGGAACUCAAUGCUACGAUUGACUAGCAUUGGCUCUGAUGAUGAUGAAGAGACAGAAACUUAUCAGGAGAAGGUGCACAUGACUUGGACAAAAGAUAAAUACAUGGCAUCCCGGGGGCAAAAAGUCAAGUCAAUGGAAGGAUUCCAGGACCUACUUAACAUGCGUCCGGACCAGUCCAAUGUGCGACGAAUGCAUACAGCAGUAAAACUCAACGAGGUUAUAGUUAACAAGUCCCAUGAAGCAAAGCUGGUUUUGUUGAAUAUGCCAGGGCCACCCCGAAACCCCGAGGGUGAUGAAAACUACAUGGAAUUCCUAGAAGUGCUCACCGAGGGAUUAGAGCGAGUCCUCCUUGUUCGGGGUGGUGGCAGUGAAGUGAUCACCAUUUAUUCAUAAUCAGUUCCUGAAAGAUUCUGCUUGGUCUCAUCUUUCCUAAAAGGCUUUCAUUGUUCAUGGAAAUGACAGCUCUUUUCUACCACUACCAGUCUGCUAGAGGCCUGUGUUCUAUAAAUAUCACACUGAACUCUGUUCAGCUGAGCCCCAAGUACUUACAUAGAAGAGUUAAAAUAGAUCUGGCCUUGGCUACCAUUCCUACCAGGAGAAACAAAUAUUCCCUAACAUCAGAAGAAUGGUCAAACCCUAAAAGCCAUUUUGGUACCAAGUGGCAAAUCAAGACCUAACUAGGCCAAUGGGAAUACUUCAGCAUUGCUAAAGAUAGUGACUUUACACAAGGGAUGACAGCAAUUCAACUAAAAAACAAAAUAAGUACCUAUCCAACUCUGGAGAUGAAUCUCAGAAGCCAUGGUUUAUUGAUGGCAUCAGAAGGGUAACAGCCAGUCAACCUCACCUUAGUAAAGAGUUGAUAGUCAAUUAGAUGAGGGGCCUAAUAUCUUUAUGGAGCUAGGGUGCUAAUGUAAAAAACCUAAGAUAUGGAUGAAGCCUCAACUUCCUUUAAAAACAGAUUUCCCAGCUGGGCUUGGUGGUGCACACCUUUAAUCCCAGCAUUUGGGAGGCAGAGGUAGGAGGACUGCUUUGAGUUCCGAGGCCACCCUGAUAUUCCAGAGUGAAUUCUAGGUCAGCCUGGGCUAGAGCAAGACCCUACCUCGAAAAAUAAAAACAAAAAACAGAUUUCCCAAAUACCAGGCUUAAGUAUACUUAAGUGUAUACUUAAGCUGUUUAUUUCUCUUAAAACCCAUUUUGAGCUGGGUGAAGUAGAAGGAUCACUUGGGAGUUUGAGGCAAGUCUGGGUUACAGAGUGAGUUCUAGGCCAGCCUGGGCUACAGUGAAAGCCUGCCUCAAAAAAAGAAAAAAAAAUUCAUGCAGCAAUUAUAUCACAGGUGGUGUUACUAUGGGGAUUGUUGAUUGAGAGGUUAAUACUUACUUCAGGUUCUUUUCAAAUGGCUGGACUAAGGGAAUUCUAAAGAGUACUUAUUAAGAUCCACUGAAAUAAAGCCAGUGAUUACCUGCGUCACACAAAGCAAACAAGAUGCUCUAUGUUAACCAAUAGGUACUGUUUAUUUUUGUGCCUGGAAUUAGUAGGCACAGGUCAAAAGAUCAUAAGAAACAACCACUAAGAAGGUUGACUAUAACCAUGCUCGGAAAGUUUUAGAACAUCUUUAUUUUGUUUUGAUUUGAGGCAGGGUCUCUCUCUCUCUCUGUAGGCCAGGUUGGGUUCCAAGUCACAGUGAUUUUCCUACCUCAGCCACCAGAGUGCUGGGAUUCAAGGUGUAUAUCAUAAUGCUGGACAUUGUAGAACAUCUUUUAAAGGGGAGAUUUUGCAGUGGAAUUAAGUUCUAGUCGUACCCUUCCCACAGUGCCAUAGUUAACAUGCUGCUCCUAAACUGCUUAAAGUGGCAAAUUGGCAUUAGCCUGAUUCAAGAAACACAUUUCACAAGAACUCUGUGGCCUCAUUUCCAAAGCCAUAUAAGCCUGACUCACUCACCUGAAUGUCCCAAUUUUAUUCUCCAUCCUGACUGUAGAAACAUGGCUCCGAACUAAGUGGUUACCCAAGCCAAUGAUCUGUUUUUGUUUCAGAAAGCUCUAAAUGUGCCAAGGAAAUUUAUGCAAGCUCUGCUUAUUUACUAAUCACAAACACCUGACUUACAAGGCAUAGGAAUACUACUUUUGUGUCUCAGCAGUAAUUUCAAGUGUGUGAAAUCAUUUCUUGUACAAGAUAGCUAUUUAAAAAACUGUCUUCUUACCUACAUUCAUGGCUACUUUAAAACUACCCUGUAUUAACCAGGCAUAGUGGCACACGCCUUUAAUCCCAGCACUCAGGAGGCAGAGGGAGGUAGUAGGAUCACUGUGAAUUCAAGGCCAGCUUGGGAACAGAGUGAGUUCCAGGUUAGCCUGGCCUAGGCUGAGACUGUACCUUGGGGGAGGGGAAAAAAAGUAACUACCCUUUAUCAAUGAUAACUAGUGCUGCCUUCUUUGGUUAUGAUAGGAUAUGGAAUUCAUUAACCCAGAGAGACAAGAAAAUGCUUCAGAAGCCAUUUUGAUGUGGUCCCUUUGCUCUUUCAACUCCAGGCCCCUAAAGGUAGCAAAGCAGAUAGGAUACUGAAUCUUUUCUACUUCAUCCUGCAGAGGAUAGAAACUGUGUUUACAACUCCUGUUGCAAAGCUGAGUAUAGAAUAAUGGGUUAGGUUCUCUGCAACCCAUUCUGGAAAGGUAGCCUGCCCAAGAAUUACCCAGCCUAUACAUUUACCCAAAAUGAUAGAUAUUUCUCCAUAUAGGACAGAAAAUAAGGUUAAUUUUAGAAGGGCUGUUUGUGAUUGGAACUCUGUAAGAACCUCUUAAAGGGAUAAGGGAACUAAUGGUUAUUAAUGUAGUCAUUACUUCAGUCCCCAAAAUACAAAAUCACUGUUACAUUUAAAAAAAAAUGGUUAUCAGGCCACAUUUGUACUCAUCUCCGUCUAGCGCAUUUCAUAUCUAUGUACUGUGUAUGUCAUUUGUCUGCAAAGUAUGAUCUCUUAAUCACUGCAAAUAAAGCAAUACUGAAAACUUAUGAGAGAAGAUGCACCUUAGGGGAAGGGGCUUUAUGUUUCAAGAGAAAAAAAGAAAGACCUUCUCCUGCCUUCUGAAUGAGACCCAGCUUUUGUCUUACCUAUGACGUUCAGGGCAGGUUAUGGCAAUACACAUUCUCUGGCCCUCUGCCUUUGGCAGCAGUCAUAAAAGCUGGAGGUUGAACUGCAGAAUCUGCUUGACAGGUGCCAGCUUCCUCUAGGCAGGGGAAAGGUUACUGCUCUUAUCUUCUGUUGCCUACAUUACUUGUGGCCCCAAGGAUCCCACCAAUCCUUAUUCCCCCUAAAUGCUAGAGAUUCCUUAUUGUGGGUAUUAAAAUAAGUUACACUAUAAGCAUACUUUUCUGCUUUUCUGGUCUUUCUUUUCAUCAUGUACAAUUUUGAAUCUGGCAUUAGUUUCUUACAUUUUCCAAGCGUGUGUGCUUAUGCUAAAUAGAAGUGAAAUGUCAAAUAAAGCAGAUUUAAGGGGAACUUGUGCAACUUUUUAAGCAUUGUUCUCAACCAUUUAAUUUAUUCAGAGAUGCUGCUAUGGUUCUUGGUUUAGCAGUUACCAUCCUUUUGUUUACGUAGUGUCAUGGUUUUAUUUGUUGUUUUGCUCUGUAUUGGAAACAUAAAUAAAGUUUUCUACAUUAUUUUCA